CUCCGUCACAGAUGACCGAAAAUAUCGAUAACCAGCUGUUAACGAGCGCUGUUAACCUCAACAGCGUAAACACAGCUGUUUUCGUUUACUAACCAAUUUGUAUAUUUUUGUUUUCGUAAAAUGUCACUAUUUGCAUUUUUGAAGAGCCGCACCGUGUUCUGGCUGAGCCUCACAGGCACCACGACGGGAUUUGCAUUCUUUGUCAAGGACCUUAUGCAAGGCGGUCAGUUCACCAAAGAAACAGAUGAAACCGGCAAAGUGGUCAUCGUGACGGGCGCCAACACGGGGAUCGGCAAGAAAACGGUCAGGGAGAUUGCGAGGCGCGGUGGCACUGUCUACAUGGCCUGCAGGAAUUUGAAAAAGUGUGAGGAGGCCCGAGAGGAAAUCGUUCUGGAAACGAAGAACAAAUAUGUGUACUGCCGUCAAUGUGACCUGGCUUCCCAGGAGUCCAUCCGCCACUUUGUUGCUGCCUUUAAGCGGGAACAGGACCACCUCCACGUACUUAUCAACAACGCCGGUGUCAUGCGCUGUCCCAGAUCUCUCACCUCAGAUGGCAUUGAACUGCAGCUGGGAGUGAAUCAUAUGGGCCAUUUCCUACUCACCAAUUUGCUGUUGGACCUGCUAAAGAAAUCCGCUCCCAGUCGGAUUGUUAAUGUCUCCAGCUUGGCGCACACUCGUGGAGAAAUUAACACAGGCGAUCUGAACAGCGACAAGUCCUACGAUGAGGGCAAGGCCUACAGCCAGAGCAAGUUGGCUAAUGUACUUUUCACAAGGGAGUUGGCCAAGAGAUUGGAGGGCACCAAAGUGACGGCGAAUGCCCUGCAUCCAGGUGUGGUGGACACGGAAAUAAUCCGGCACAUGGCCUUCUUCAAUAACUUCUUUGCUGGACUGUUUGUGAAGCCACUGUUUUGGCCCUUUGUUAAGACUCCCAAGAAUGGUGCUCAGACCACAUUGUAUGUGGCUCUGGAUCCCGAACUGGAUAAGGUGACGGGACAAUACUUCAGCGAUUGCAAACUAAAGGAAAUGGCACCAGCUGCCACCGACAGUCAGACGGCGAAGUGGCUCUGGGCAGUCAGUGAAAAGUGGACCACGCCUACGAUGAUCAAAAUACACUAACAACAGUACUCCCAUUUAUCUUAUUUUAGUUGUGCUAACUUGGCUUAGGUCAACUUUAGCCGGCUAAAAGACAGUUGAAAGCUCAUAAUUUGAAUGCGUACGAACGUUUGUACUCGGAAACCGGUUAGGGGCAAUUUCUACAUCAUUUGUUUAAAAUAGAUAUGUAUAUCCAUUACAUUUUUAACUUGAGCCUUCGGUCCAAAAGUUUAGGGUCAUUUCACCAGUGGGAAACAUUCAAGCCGUCGGUAAAGUGACUCGGUUUUCGGCUCCUUGUCGCAAUUAUCUAUGCUAAAUGUGUUGAGUAGUGUUUCCCUGAUUACAGGCUACUUGUAGAACCCGGCACUAUCAGUUUUAUCAGUUGUCGUCCAGUAAUCGCAGUGGCGAUCACUUAAAAACUCGCAAAAUUUUGCCCGCGUUGGCACUCUGCAA